UCACACAAACCUCCUAAAAAUGCAAGAAAUGUCAACUAUUUCACCUUCAUCUUCAUCUUCAUCCACAGCUUACAAACAAACACCACACAGCUUCCAAACAGAACAGCCAUGGCAUCGAAGACCAUAACUCUCCCUGAUCUGCCCUAUGCAUAUGAUGCUCUGGAGCCUUUUCUGAGUGGUGAAAUAAUGCAAAUUCAUCACCAGAAGCACCACCAGGCUUACGUCACUAACUAUAAUAAGUCUCUUGAGCUUCUCUCUCAGGCUAUUGCUAAUGGUGACUCUAAUGCUGUUGUCAAGUUGCAUAGCGCCAUCAAGUUUAAUGGAGGAGGUCAUAUCAAUCACUCCAUUUUCUGGAAGAAUCUUGCCCCUGUCCAAAACGGAGGCGGUGUUCCUCCACAAGGUUCGCUUGCUUCAGCUAUUGACAGAGAGUUUGGUUCUCUGGACAAGUUGAUUCAGAAAAUGAAUGUAGAAGGCGCUUCUGUCCAAGGAUCAGGAUGGGUGUGGCUUGGCCUGGACAAAGAGUCAAAGAAGCUUGAGGUGGAGACCACUCCAAAUCAGGAUACACUAGAAACUAAAGGAGCAAGCUUAAUUCCUUUGCUCGGUAUUGAUGUUUGGGAGCAUGCUUACUACUUACAGUACAAGAACGUGAGACCAGAUUACUUAAAGAACAUAUGGAGUGUGAUGAACUGGAAGUAUGCAAGCGACAUCUAUGAGAAAGAAUCCAACGUGAUUCCCAGUCUAUGAACAGACCAUGGCUCCAUAAGCUAGCCAAGAAUGUGCUGUUGCUAUGAAUUUCCCCUUUUCCUCUCGUGUGUCAUCGCUGAGAGGUCGAUAAAUAGAAUAAAAUGAUAUAUUGCGUUGUGUUGGAUGUUUCGAGUUUAUGAAUAAUAGGUAUUUGGCAGAUGCAUUGAAAUUUUAUUAAAUGUUUCAGAAACUUUCAGGUUUUGUAAAACUAAAUUUCAUCAUAUCUAUUUCCGAGCUUCAGAUUUCAGUA